CCUAUAAAAGGAAUGAGUAAGCUGCAGAGUAGCUAAAUACUGGGGAAUGGCUGAAGGACCGGGACCAAGUGAUGUACCAGCUCCAAAACGGAGAAAACUCGCGAAAAAGGGCAGAAAGGGCCCAGAUGAAGAUCCAAAACUCAAAGAUGAAGAUAAAGAAAAGUCUGGGAAACCGUUGUUGGUGUUUUUUCACAUGAAAACCACAGACGUCGACAUCUACGAAUGCCACAUAGUAAAUCUCGCUGCCAAAGUCAUCGGAGAACAGGUUUCGUACGUGACAGAAGCCACCUUCUCAAGUCUUGUGCAUACCGACCGCAGCAUUGAUCCAAGAGGUUUGAGUCAACCAAGAUAACCACCGAUAUGCUGGAGGACGAGGAACCACUCGAUGUGGUUUUCCCCCAGUUUCUAGAGUGGAUAAGAACAACAAGAGAGGAGGUUUCCAAGCGCACUGGUGAUCAGUACUACACCGUGUUAGCUUCUCACAAAGCCUUUUCUUUCGGGAUACCGGUGCUGCUAGCUGAAAUCGAAAGAAGACAAGAAUUACAAACAUCAGAUCUUGUUACGGAAAAUGUUUUCUUUUCCGAUACAUUCCAGUACCUACGUGAGGUAAAAGAUGACGCUACUAAAAAUGUGAAGAAAUUCGCCCUGGGAAACCUUUAUACCCUCUUCACAAAAAAACCGUACCAAGGUGAACGAGCUCUUCAUGAUGUGGAGGCAAUGGAAGAACUCUUCAGUCACAGGUCCCUAGCUGGACUACUGUCCUCAAUGCCAAGUCGAACUGCUGAAGAACAGCUUCAGAAAUGGGCCGAGCAGAAGCAAAAGAGAGCAAUAAAGGCUGAGCUCAAUAAUAAUUUGGUGGGGCUAGAUAUAAAAAAGCACCAAAUCGAUCGCUUAGCUGAGUUAGACCUCUUUUAUCCGAAAUUAUGUAAAAUUCGGACAAAAUUCACCAAUGAUGAAGAGUUUCAGAAGGAACUACGCCAACGUGGAGUGCACAGCAAAAAGCUUCGUGAAAAACUCACACGGAUUCAACUAAAAGGAGAGUAGAGAACAUUUCAUCCACAAAGACACUUACUUCUAUACCCACAGUUAUUGGACAUUACAAAUGUAGUCUAGACAAUUACAGAGUCUUGAAGAACCUCAUGUUUUCAUGUACUAGAAUGGUACUGUACUAAUACAUUGUUAAGAGUGAAUGCAAGUGCUAACUUCACAGCGUUGAUUGGUAUUAACACCACAAUGAAAUAUGUGCAGGGUGGGUGUAUAUCUCUUGUACUAACCCUAUUGUCCAUGCCUGCACUUGAUUUAUUGUG